UUUGGCCGUCACUUGUCUGUAUCUGUCUACUUUGCUGAAACAAAUUUGAAUGCAAGAUAAUGGCUGAUCAGGCUGUGGAUGUGAUGGUGGUUGGCUCCUGUAUGACUGACUUGGUGAGGCACCAAGGCUACCCAAAGCUGGGGAAACCAUCCAUGGUCACAAGUUCUUCAUCGGUUUUGGAGGGAAAGGGGCCAACCAAUGCAUACAGGCUGCAAGACUGGGGGCUAAAACUGCUAUGGUUUGCAAGGUAAGACAAUGGAAUCAAGUUUGCAGCCAUGCACGGCUUUGUUUUUGUUAUACUGUUUGUUUGAAUGAAUGUGUGCAUGUUAGAAAAAAGUUCCACUGCUUUUCCAACCUUUGGCUCACCCACGUCUUACUCAGUACACAUAAUCAGCAAUCAUCCACCGAACCAACUAGUUAACAACUCCCAAAAACCUUAUGGCAUCGUUCACACUUCAGUCAUUUUACAACAUCAACUCUUCAUGCUUCAUUUUCUCUUGAUCAAUACCAUACAACAUGCAUACGCCCACCCACGCUUGUGCGCCUUCAAAAAAGCCUAUUCCCAUACCACGCAACCCCGAGUCUCCAAUCAGUAAGCACAGUGUGGCCUUUCAACCUGAGCACAAAAGCAGCGAAGCCCCACCUCUUUCAGAACAAAGAGGCCCGAUCGAUAACAACCUAGUGCGGGAGGAGCUCUCCGGGCAUGGGGAGAACCCAAAAAUAGAAACCCGGGCUUGUCAAAAACAUCCAAGACGGAAGGCCGCUCUUCAAAGAGAUUGGGGCCAAGCAGCCAAUACCAGCCCAACCCAUUAUCACAGGCAGCUAGAAGUGCCCGCGAUUUGGCACGUUUUUUGGAAAGCGUGGGUUCGAAGUAGGCGCCUCGGGGCAAGGUGGGGACCCCUUCCACAACCCAAAGUAGCUACAGAUGUGGACAUCCCUGUGCGGAUAAGGGGAAGAGGGGAAGGAGGGAAGGAAAACGAAAGCGAGGUGGGCCUGAAGAGGCGGGAAGGCGGGGUUAUCGUGUCUUGAAGGCUUGGCGCAGCUGGUCGUGUGUUUGCGUGUGUGUGCGUUUGUUGACUUUGUGUGUUCGUUUGUUCACAUUUUCGGCGGCGGCACCAUGCCAGUAUGCUGGCAGGGCACACGAAAAUCCAACCCAACUGAGGUUGGUAAAGACUUCUUUGGAGACAAUUACAUCCAGAAUUUCAAGGACAAUGGUGUAAACACAGACUUUGUAGGGCAGACCUCUGAUGCAGCCACAGGAGCUGCCUCCAUCAUUGUUAACAGUGCAGGUGAGAACGCCAUAGUGAUUGUGGCUGGUUCGAACAUGCUGCUGGGCAGUGAAGAGCUGCAAAGAGCUCUUCCAGCCAUCAGACAAGCUAAAGUCCUGGUGUGCCAGCUGGAGGUAAACCCGCAGACGUCCCUUCAGGCGCUACAAAUGGCUCAAGAGAACAAAGUUAAGACAAUAUUCAACCCGGCGCCUGCCAUUCCUGACUUGGAUGCAGGUUUCUACAGAGCCUCUGAUGUCUUCUGCUGUAACGAGUCUGAGGCUGAGCUGCUGACAGGCUCCUCUGUGGUAAAUGUGGAGGAUGCACAUCGAGCUGGUCAGGAGCUGCUGAAGCGAGGCUGCCGGUCAGUCAUCAUCACUUUGGGACCUCAAGGCUGCGUGGUGCUCGAGGCGAAGGAGGCUACCUCAAAACAUAUUCAGACUGCAGCGGUAACAGCAGUAGACACUACGGGUGCCGGAGACAGCUUUAUUGGAGCGCUGGCGUUCUACAUGGCUCGUUAUCCCACAAUGCCUCUGGAGGAGAUGGCACGCAGAGCCAAUCAGGUGGCAGGAGUGAGCGUGCAGGCGGCUGGCACGCAGACAUCAUACCCACUCAGGAAGGACCUCCCAGCGGAACUGUUUUAAGAGCAGCAAAAUCAUCAAGUGAACCCCGUGUGAGACUGAAUACAUUUAAAGCAGGAGACUUGUUGACAUAUUCAUCAUGUCAAGUCUCUAAGACUGCAUGGCUGUAAAGGUGUGUGAUUGACAAGCCAGAAGACUACCUGUGCAUAUACUUACCAACCACUUUAUUAGGCACACCUUUUCACCUGCUCAUUAACACAAAUAUCUAAUCAGUCAGUCACAUGGCAGCAGCAAACACAAUGAGGCAUGUCGACAUGUUAAAGACGAUCUCUCCAGUCUGAUGUUCAAACCGAGCAUAGAAUGUGGAGGGAAGAUGAUAAAGGCGACAAAUCCAAAUUCUGGCCCUAGAUCUUGAAUGUGCCAGCAGAAAUUCAGACUCAUCAGACCAGGCAAUGUCUUUUCAACCUUCUAUUGUCCAAUUUUGGAAAGCCCGUGUAACAUAUAGCCUCAGCUUCCUGUUCAGAAAUGCUUUUCUGUUUACCUUGUUUGUAACAAGUGGUAACCUGAGUUGUUGCUGCCUUCCUGUCAGCUUGAACAAGUCUGGCCAUUGUCAUGUGCCCUUUGCCAUCAACAGGCAAGGCAUUUUGGCUCCCAGAACUGCCACUCACUGGAUUUUUUCCUUUUUGGGCAGUUCUAUAUAAAUCCAAGAGAUGGUAUGAAAACCCAAGUAGAUUACCAGUUGCUGAAAUACUCAGACCAGCCCGUCUGGCACAAACAACCAUGGCACAAAGACAGUCUCUUUUCUUUCCCAUUCUGAUGCUCAGUUUGAACUUCAGCACAUGGUUUUGACCACGUCUACAUUCCUUAGUGCCCGUGUUAUUUUGGCAGCAUUUUAAGUUUAACCUUUGUCUUUAGAUUAAAAUGUUCCUGAGUUUAAAUCAUAUUUGUUUAUUUUUAUAGUUUUAGUCUGCAUUAAGUGGACAAAAUUAAAAACAUGUUCGUCCCGUUUUAGCCAGGAAAAGGCCUUACAUCUUAGUCUCUACUUUUAGUCACGACAUUUUUUUACUUUGGACUAAUUUAAUCAGCCAAACUAUAAAAUGUAUAUAAAUAUAUAACAGACAUGCACUACCAACUCUUUGAUUUAAAGGUGCAGUGUGUACUAUUUAGCCUCGCAGCAUUUAGCAGGACAACUUGGUAAAAUUGAAACAUAUUUUGGCCCAUCUAAAUUAGUGUUUCAUUGUUUUUAAUAUAUCAAAUUAUUUUAUUACCCACGCCGAUGAAAUCGGCAGGGGGUUAUGUAAAGGGUUCCGUAUUUUUCUUUCUUUGUAUGUGUACAGGAUAACUCAAGAACGGAA